GGUCAUAUUCGCGCGGUUGAUUCAUCUUUUUGACAGAUUCGUCGCUUCAUCCGUUAUUUGGAUAUUAUUGAAUAUAUUGAUUUGGGGCGAUGUGAGGUUCCCAACCCGCGAGCUGAAGUUUCCAUGGCUUUGGGUAUGGCUACUCUUCCUGUGUUCCACCAGCUGCUCACCCUCUCUAAUCCCAAAUCAGCAACCAUUCUCAGGCAGCGCCUACCCACUUCCAAUUCCCAAAGGGCUUUCCAUGUCUCUAUUCUCUGUUGCUCUUCUACUUCUCAAUCCCCCGAAGCUAACGUCGAAUCUGCGGAGUCCUCUGUCAAUCUCGGCCUCCAGCUCUUCUCUAAAGGACGGGUCAAAGAGGCUUUAGUCCAGUUUGAAGCAGCACUGGAUAUGAAUCCCAACCCAAUGGAGGCCCAAGCUGCUUUGUACAAUAAAGCAUGCUGUCAUGCCUAUCGUGGGGAAGGAAAGAAAGCUGCUGACUGUCUGCGUGUUGCAUUAAGAGAAUAUGACCUGAAAUUUGGCACAAUUUUGAAUGAUCCUGACUUGGCCUCAUUCAGAGCUCUUCCUGAAUUCAAGGAAUUGCAAGAAGAGGCUAGGAUGGGUGGAGAAGAUAUAGGAUAUGGAUUUCGAAGAGAUCUUAAACUCAUUAGUGAAGUCCAAGCACCUUUUCGAGGGGUUCGGAGGUUCUUUUAUGUGGCACUGUCUGCAGCUGCUGGAAUUUCGCUGUUGUUUAAUCUACCGAGGUUGUUUCGUGCUAUUCAAGGUGGUAAUGAAGCUCCUGAUGUUUGGGAAACUGUUGGAAAUUUAGCUGUUAAUGUUGGAGGUAUUGUCGUUUUUGUGGCGUUAUUUUUAUGGGACAACAAGAAAGAAGAGGAACAGCUUGCACAAAUAUCAAGAAAUGAAACGUUAUCAAGGUUGCCUCUACGUCUUUCCACCAAUCGAGUUGUUGAACUUGUUCAGCUACGAGAUACUGUAAGACCGGUCAUUUUAGCUGGGAAAAAGGAGACAGUUUCUUCAGCCAUCCAAAAGGCAGAGAGGUUCAGAACUGAGCUCCUUAGACGAGGUGUUCUCUUAGUUCCUGUCAUAUGGCGCGAAGGUCGGGAGACCCGAAUGGAAAAGAAAGGGUUUGGUGCUCCAGCCCCUGCUGGUUCUGCUGCUCUGCCAUCUAUUGGUGAAGAUUUUGAGAAACGAGCUCAGUCUAUAACCGCCAAAUCGAAGUUGAAAGCUGAAAUUCGAUUCAGGGCUGAUGUUAUAUCACCUGCAGAAUGGGAAAGUUGGAUAAGAGACCAGCAGAAAUCUGAAGGGGUUACUCCUGGUGAGGAUGUCUACAUAAUAUUGCGAUUGGAUGGUCGAGUUCGAAGAUCAGGGAGAGGAAUGCCCGACUGGCAAAAAAUUAUUGAAGAGUUACCACCAAUGGACGCUCUUCUAAGCAAGCUAGAAAGAUGAGAUAAACAGAAACGAUAUGCAAAUGCUCGUGGAAACUAUCGAUGGCAUCGCUUUCGCUACUCGUUCGACUUCCACACGAACACCAGAAGAGUACAAGGUCUAGUUAUACAUUCUUAGCUAAUUGUGUUUGCUAUUAUAACUGUGUUUGGAGGAUGGGUGAUUGAAUUGAUAUGAUCAGAUGGGUCAUUGGGGCAAUAGAUUCUGAGUUAAAAGAAACCAGUUGGUGGACUCUCUGUUUCUUGAACUUAGCUUUCUUGAACAACCACACUAUCUUUUAAUAUCAUUUUUAUCACUUUCUUGGUAGGUUGUGAAAAGGGUCUUCACAUAAAUUGGAAUGCUUUUUGAAUUUUCAAAAGUUCUACAAAGGAAAUGAGAACAAAAAAGACCCCUCCAAAAAGAAAACUUGUGGCAUAUGUGUAAAUAAAAUGAAAAAACCAAAGCCAUUUCCUUGGAAUCAAAACGCUUUAAAUGAGAACAAGCUCUUUCCCUUGGCAUACUUAGAAUUCAACCAUGGGCAACUCUUCUUCUCCACCUGCCUUCUUCUCUAUGCUCAUUUUCACCAUAGCCUUCUUUGUCUCUUCGUCCUCUUUAAUGGUCGUGGCCAUGAGUGGUGACCGUAGUCUUAGCUGGCUCUCCACUGAAGCUCGAUGCCAUGGACGUUCGUUAAGUGAAUGCAUGAUGGAUGUUGAGUUUGAAAUGGAUUCUGAGAUCAAUCGUCGUAUCUUAGCCACUUCAAGUUACAUAAGUUACAAGUCGUUGAAGGCGAACAACAUUCCAUGCUCUCGACGAGGUUCGUCCUACUACAAUUGCCAGCCGGGGGCUGAAGCUAACCCGUAUCAGCGGGGUUGUACUGUCAUUACUCGUUGCAGAAGCUAAGCAAAAUUCAUCUUCUUCUUUGCGUGUUCCUUCUUGUUCUUGUCUUUGUAACAUAGAAUAAAUUUGAAAAAGGCGGUUGCUGUGUUUGG